UACCAACUCCGCAAUCGGGAGCUGCUUUUCCCUCCUCAAACAAACUCAGUUCACUCCGUUCUCGUCCCAAAGUGUAUUUGAGCUUCUAUUUGUUCUAUCGUCAACAUGUCAGCCAUUGGACCCUUUGCGGAGCCAGCACCAGGAUGCAAGCCUGCAGCUCCCCCAGCCUUGACUGCAGACCAACAGGCUAAAUAUGAGCAAUUCCUCACCGACGUUCGCUCUUGGGAAUCUCUCCCCACCACAUCAGCAAAGAAUGCCGAAUCUACACCGUUAUCAGACGGUGAGCGCAUGUGGCUUACCCGCGAGUGCCUGCUCCGCUACCUCCGCGCGACCAAAUGGAAUCUCGCCCAGGCAACGACCCGACUACGCUCAACGCUGAUAUGGCGCCGUGAAUACGGCACCGAUAAAUUCACUGCAGAUUACAUUUCCGAAGAGAACGCAACCGGCAAGCAGGUCCUUCUAGGCUUCGAUAAGGAGGGCAGACCAUGUCUGUACUUGCUGCCGCAGAACCAGAAUACCAAGGAUACACCCAAGAGAGUGGAGCAUCUGGUCUACAUGCUGGAACGCACCAUUGAUGUGCAUCCGCCGGGACAGGAAAGUUUGGCCUUGUUGAUCGACUUCAGGAAUACUGGAGCGGGUGGGACGCCGAGCUUGGGCACGGCCAAGCAAGUGCUUGACAUUUUGCAGAACCACUACCCAGAGCGAUUGGGCAGGGCGCUGCUCACACACUUGCCCUGGUACGUAACCGCCUUCCUCCGCGUCGUUAACCCCUUCAUCGACCCCAUCACCAAGACAAAAAUAAAGCAAAACGAGCCUCUGCCCGACCACGUUCCCUCAUCACAACUCAUGAAAGUCUCCGGUGGCGACGUCGAUUUCAAAUACGAUCAUGCUGUCUACUGGCCUGCUCUUGAGAAGCUUGCAGCAGAGAGAAAACAGCAGAGGACAGUGCGAUGGGAGCAGGGAGGGAAGCUAGUCGGAGAGAGCGAGAUAUACCUGUGGGGUGGAGAGGAAGGUAGCGUUGGUGGAGGCGCGGCUCCCCAAGAACAUGCCGCAAACGGGACGGCGAAUAUUCCAGAAAACAGUAGCAACGAAGCUACGGCAGUCGGCGAGGCCAAUGGAUCGGCCAAGGACGAUGCUACCCUCGCUAAUGGCAUCAACAAGCUUGAUGUAAACGAUAGCGAAGAUACCAGGAAGGUUCAGGGACAGGCUGUUCCAGCCGUAGCAUAGGCUGAAGACUAGCUUCUCUACGCACUUGUGCAUAGCAUAUUCAAUAGACCUUAGAUGGAUGUCUCUAAUCCACUAAAGCUUCAGCCUCGCAGUAUGUCCGAGAGGUUCUUAGUAGUGCGGAGGCGAUCCGUAAGCAAGUGCUUUUGUACAGCUUUCCUUUCCUUGCUGUUUAAAAAGAUUUGCAAG